AGAUCAACUGCAUCCUGCCGCAUUCCUGGCUGUUUCUCUCCUUGGCUUGUACUGAGGGGUGAUGCCCAAGACGCAUCGCGUUUCAGAACUGGACCAUGAACAACUUCAUUCUCCUGGAAGAGCAGCUGAUCAAGAAGUCCCAGCAGAAGAGAAGGACCUCUCCCUCGAACUUUAAAGUCCGUUUCUUUGUCUUAACAAAAGCCAGCCUGGCGUACUUCGAGGAUCGUCACGGGAAGAAGCGCACAUUGAAGGGCUCCAUCGAACUCUCCAGAAUCAAGUGUGUGGAGAUUGUCAAGAGUGACAUCAGCAUCCCAUGCCACUAUAAGUACCCUUUCCAGGUCGCGCAUGACAACUACCUCCUGUAUGUGUUUGCUCCAGACUUCGAGAGCCGGCAGCGCUGGGUGCUGACCCUUAAAGAAGAAACGAGGAAUAACAACAGCCUGGUGUCCAAGUAUCACCCUAAUUUCUGGAUGGAUGGGCGGUGGAGGUGCUGUUCCCAGCUGGAGAAGCUUGCAGUAGGCUGUGCCCCCUAUGACCCAACCAAGAAUGCUUCAAAGAAGCCUCUUCCUCCUACUCCUGAAGACAACAGGCGGUCACUUCAGGAGCCAGAAGAAACCCUGGUCAUCGCCUUGUACGACUACCAAACCAAUGAUCCCCAGGAGCUUGCGCUGCAGUGUGAUGAAGAAUACUACCUGCUGGACAGCUCUGAGACCCACUGGUGGAGGGUUCAAGACAAGAACGGGCAUGAAGGGUAUGCACCAAGCAGUUACCUGGUGGAAAAAUCUCCAAAUAACCUUGAAACCUAUGAGUGGUACAAUAAAAGCAUCAGCCGCGACAAAGCUGAAAAGCUCCUUAUGGACACGGGUAAAGAAGGAGCAUUCAUGGUCCGAGAUUCCAGGACACCCGGGACAUACACAGUCUCUGUUUUCACCAAGGCCAUCAUAAGCGAGAACAACCCCUGUAUAAAACAUUAUCACAUCAAAGAAACAAACGACAGCCCCAAGCGGUACUAUGUGGCUGAGAAGUAUGUGUUUGACUCCAUCCCUCUGCUCAUCAAGUAUCACCAGUACAACGGAGGAGGUUUGGUCACUCGACUCCGGUAUCCAGUUUGCUCCUGGAGGCAGAAAGCCCCUGUCACGGCGGGGCUAAGAUAUGGGAAGUGGGUGAUCCACCCCUCAGAGCUAACUUUUGUGCAGGAGAUUGGCAGUGGGCAGUUUGGGCUGGUGCAUCUCGGCUACUGGCUCAACAAGGACAAGGUGGCCAUCAAGACCAUUCAAGAAGGGGCAAUGUCAGAAGAGGACUUUAUUGAGGAGGCAGAAGUUAUGAUGAAACUCUCUCACCCCAAACUGGUACAGCUCUAUGGGGUGUGCCUGGAGCAAGCCCCCAUCUGCUUGGUGUUUGAGUUCAUGGAGCAUGGCUGCCUGUCAGAUUAUCUGCGAAGUCAGCGGGGGCUCUUUGCUGCAGAGACCCUGCUGGGCAUGUGCCUGGAUGUGUGUGAGGGCAUGGCCUACCUGGAGAAGGCGUGCGUCAUCCACAGAGACCUGGCCGCCAGAAACUGUUUGGUGGGAGAAAACCAAGUCAUCAAGGUGUCCGACUUUGGGAUGACCAGGUUUGUCCUUGAUGAUCAGUACACCAGCUCCACAGGCACCAAAUUCCCAGUGAAGUGGGCAUCCCCAGAAGUGUUCUCUUUCAGUCGCUACAGCAGCAAGUCGGAUGUGUGGUCAUUUGGUGUGCUGAUGUGGGAAGUCUUCAGCGAAGGCAAAAUCCCAUACGAAAACCGAAGCAACUCCGAGGUCGUGGAAGACAUCAGCACUGGCUUUCGGUUAUACAAGCCCCGCCUGGCCUCCCCCCAUGUCUACCAGAUCAUGAAUCAUUGCUGGAAAGAGAAACCGGAAGACCGGCCCCCCUUCUCCCAGCUGUUAAGUCACCUGGCUGAAAUGGCAGAAUCAGGACUUUAGCAGGGACUCACUGACCAGUCACAGCCGUGGAUCCUGACUGAAGGAACAGCAUCCUUUUUUUCCAGAGCAUUAAGGGCUGCCACCAGCCCAGGACCCCCACAGGUGCCUGGACCUUGGUGCCAGCCCCUAUGCAGCUACGACUGCAGCAUCCUAGAAGAGACUGGAGGGCCAGCCACCGAGCCGACGGUUGCGCCACAACAGCAGCUGUGUCUGUGUCCACCCACCUCAGCCUCUUGUCAUACCCUGUACUCAAAGCUCCAUCGCCCGCUCUCAGAAGCAUUUCUUCUCCUCUUAGCAACAGGGAGAGGCAGACAUAGGCCACAUUCUUCUUUUUAUUAUUAUUUUAAGCAUAGGUCGAAUGUUUUAUUUGACCCAACGAGACAAUAUCCCCACUUAAGGAUGAAAGAGUGGGAGGCCUCAUUUUUUUUUUUUUCUAAGAAAUACAGGAGGUGAUUAAACCAGAGUUCUACUACUGUGAGGCUGUCAGCCACAGCUUCCUGCCAACCACGAGGUGGAGUGGCAGCUUGUGCCAGAAGCCGGAUGUCAUGAGGCUUCAGAGCACACUGCCACCUCUUUCUGAUGGGGCAUAGUGAGCUCCAUUGGGUGGAUAGAGUGGGGUGACCCCAUUCAAACCCCAAGGCUGGACCAUUGGGUGUUGGAAGGUAGUCGGGAAUGAGAGGGCCUCUGAUGGUAGGAAAUGAACAGGUACAAACCAAGGCUUUGAGUUUUCAGUGAUUCAAUGACCCUGUUUCAUAGUGAGCCACACGGGUGACUAGAUCUCCUGUUUGAGCUGAAUGCUGAGGCAAUGUCUACAAAAUAUUCAUCACCCAGCCUCUCAGGAGCAGCAUAUACUCUGCACUACCUACCUGUACCAAGAGAGGGCAGCACUGUGCUUGUCAUGUGGCCUUGAGAUGUCGGGGUUCUCUUGGGCCGUAGGGGUUUAGCAGUUUUAAGGUUGAGAUGUCAAAGCUCUCAAGAGCCUAGCAAAAGGAAUUUGCUCCUGCUCAGACUAUGUGGAAGGAAAUAGAGUCAAGCCUUGGGGGGUACUUCCAAAAGGCACAAGCUGUCUGUUGAUUGGCAUUUACACAGGUGACAUGCAUGUAUCCUGAGUACAAGCCAUUCCUGGAGAAUCCCUGUUCAUACUAACCCAAUGACACAGUAUUAUUCACGUUUUACAAAAAGUGAACUUGGUCUUUGAUAAGGCAGACAAGCUGCCCCGAGUGACAGAACUGGGAAGGACAGAGAUUGAAAUACCACCCAAAUCUAACUCCAGUGCGGCUGGAUUUAUGUUCUCUUGAUUCUUUUCAGCACCGCCUCCUACGGAGAAUGGAUUGCUGAGGAGAUUAAUACAAGAGAGGAAAGGCAGUCCUUGAGCAGAACAGCAGCACCUGGUGACGCUGCUCCUGCAGAGAGCACUGGGGAGGGGGCGUGUUCAGUGGGACCCUCCAAAUUGAAAUAGCCUCUCCCCUUCAUGUUCUUCCUCACCUGGAUCUGAGUUCACAGCCACUCAAAAUUAACCCUUUCAUUCUCCCAACCCACCAGAGUCACAUUGCCUGAGGCCAUCGUAGGAGAGCUUCAAAGGGGCUUUCAACUAGUCUCCUACCGAGUGUCCCUGUAAUUAUCCCUUCAACCUGUGCAUCUCUUGUGAGGAGUAUUCCCCUGCUGCCAAGAACACCUGAUUCUCCUGCAGUGUUCACAUAAAGCUCCUAGAAAAAUGAGCAGAGUCACGUAGCAUGUUGGCUGGCUUGAGACUUGAAGGCAUCACUUCCAGCCAUAAUCACUGUGUCCAGAUAAAACUCUGUCAUUCAGAAAAAAACUGUCUCCCUCAGCUGGCCCACAAUCAUCCCUGUUUACUUCGAAGCCUGUGGUCCAUUCUCCUUUGGGAACCCGUAAUUAAGGGAGAGUUUCUGGGACUUUCAACCUAGGAGGUAAACACUGGAACCGAGAGAUGUCUGUAGUGUAGUCUAGGAGCCUGGCCCCAGUAUGGUGGCAUUGUCUUCCUUAACCUCAGCUGCACGGAGGCUUUGACGGACAUGCGUGCAGCGCUCACUCCAGUGGCCCGCAUGGGUGGAUGGGAUUCUCCGCUGCUGGUUUCUGCCUUAGGUUUUUUUGCAAAUGGUGCCUUGUGUUCACAAGAGAAUUCCUGAUGAAAGGUUUUGGUUUGAGUUGUACUUUGUAGGUCAUGUGAUUUGUAAUGUUUGGAACUAUGUAUUUAUACCUGGAUCAGGAGAGUAUUUAUUUGCUCGUGUUCAAGAUAAAAAUACUGCAAGUGUGUCUUACCCUCUGUAGAGGCCACAACGGUAAGUUGCAUAUGUCAAAGAUAAAGCUGUAUGUUUUACAAAUAUAGGAUCUGUGGCUUGAGUUUCAAAUUGCUGACCCCUUAAUUUUUGCUUAAAUAAAAAUGGUCACAUGGUUUCUGAAUGAAAAAAAAAAAAAAGAAAA